AGAUGGCGCCAAUGCACUCCAGCCUGGGCGACAGAGCAAGACUCCAUCUCAAAAAAACGAACAAAAAAGAACUUCCAGAAUCAUGUUAUUAUAUAUAUUGGGAAUUCAUGUUUUGUUUAUGAUUUCAAUAGGAAUGCCUAUAGUAUUUCACUGUUAAGAAUAAUUUGGCUGGUGGUGCAUGAUGGCUGAAGCCUGUAAUCCCAGCAAUUUGUGAGGCUGAGGCAGGCAGAUCGGUUGAGUCCAGGAGUUUGAGACCAGCUUGGGCAACAAAGUGAGACCUUGUCUCUCCAAAAAAAAAAAAAAAAAAAAAAGAAUUAGCCUGGUAUGGUGGUGCAUGCCUGUGGUCCUGUCGUCCCAGCUACAUAAGAGGUUACAGCAAAACGAUCACUUGAGCCCAGGACUUGAGACUGCUGUGACCCAUGUUCAUACCGGUGCACUCUGGCCUGGGUGACGGGUGACCAAGCAAGACUCCAUCUCAAAAAAAAAGAAUAAUUUGGCUCUUGGUUUAUCGUGUCCUAAAAGUCUUUAAUUGUGGAAAAUAAAAUGUACAAAAAAGUGUAUAAAACUUCAAUGUCCACGUUAACAAAUUAUUAUAAAGUACAUAUGAAUGUCUCACACUAAGUGUGGUGCUUGCUGAGGUUUUUGAUAAUCUUUAACAGAUAAAGGCAGUUCUCUUAGUUUGCUAAGAGUUUUUAAAAAAUCAUGAAUGAGUGUUGAUUCCUAUCAGGUACUUCUCUCUGCAUCUAAGAUGAUCACACGAUUUUUCUCCUUGACUCUGUUAAUAUGGCAUAUUACCCUUAUUGAUUUUCUUUUCUUUUUUUUUUUUUUUUUUUGAGACAGAGUCUUGCUGUCUCCAGGCUGGAGUGCAGUGGUGUGAUCUUGGCUCACUGCAACCUCCGCCUCCUGGGUUUAAGCUAUUCUCCUGCUGAAGGGAGGCUGAAGUGGGAGGAUCAAUUAAGCCUGGGAGGUGAAGGCUUCAGUGAGCCAUGAUGAUUGUGCCACUGCUCUCCAGCCUGGGCGACAGAGUGAGAGCCUGUCUCCAAAAAAAAAAAAAAAAAAAGAAAGAAAAAAGAUAAAAAGAAAGCAAAUACUGCUUUACUGUCUAUAAUACUUGCUUUUCUACAAGGUGAUAGUAAUCAGGAGAGUGUAGGAUUGGCAGAAGGGUGGACAAAUAGAUCAAUGGAACAGGAUGGGAAAUCCAUAAAUUUGCAAUUUGACAAAGGGGUCAAAGCAAUUCAAUGAAGAAAGUGGGAUCUGUGUUGUAUGGAUCCUAUAGCACAUGAAGACCAGUUGCCGUUGCUGUUUUGAUCAACUUCAAAGGCAUUCAUCCAGGGUGGCUUAUUCCAGAACCACUAGAAAUCAUUAGGACCACCAGGACAGCCUCUCCACAGCCAUCUGAUGUGGCUGCCUCAGCUCGACCUCAUGAGGGUCAUCAGUGCUAAAGGCCAAGGCUACUCCAUUGCCACCGAAAUCACCGGUCCAACAACGGUGAAUGGCCUGGAGCGGGGCUCCUUGACCGUGCGGUGUGUUUACAGCUCACACUGGGAGACCUACUUGAAGUGGUGGUGUCGAGGAGCUGUUUGGCGUGACUGCAAGAUCCUUGUUAAAACCGACGGAUCAGAGCAGGAGGUGAAGAGGGACCGGGUGUCCAUCAAGGACAAUCAGAAAAACCACACGUUCACUGUGACCAUGGAGGAUCUCAUGAAAACUGAUGCUGACACUUACUGGUGUGGAAUUGAGAGAACUGGAUCUGACAAUGGGGUCCCAGUUCAAGUGACCAUUGACCCAGCACCAGUCACCCCGGAAGAAACUAGCAGCUCCCCAACUCUGACCGGCCACCACUUGGACAACAGGCACAACCUCCUGAAGCUCAGUGUCCUCCUGCCCCUCAUCUUCGCCAUAUUGCUGCUGCUUUCGGUGGCCGCCUCACUCUUGGCUUGGAGGAUGAUGAAACGCCAGCAGAAAGCGGCCGGGAUGUCCCCAGAGCAGGUACUGCAGCCCCUGGAGGGUGACCUCUGUUAUGCAGACCUGACCCUGCAGCUGGCCGGAAUCUCCCCCCAAAAGGCUACCACGAAGCUCUCCUCCUCUGCCCAGGCUGACCAGGUGCAAGUGGAAUAUGUCACCAUGGCUCCCUUGCCAAAGGAGGACAUUUCCUGCGCAUCUCUGACCUUCGGUGCUGAGCAUCAGGAGCCGACCUACUGCAACAUGGGCCACCUCAGUGGCCACAUCCCCAGCGGGGGUCCUGAGGAGCCCACGGAAUACAGCACCAACAGGAGGCUUUAGCAUGCACUCCAGGCUCCUUCUUGGACCCCAGGCUGUGAGCACACUCCUGCCUCAUCAACCGUCUGUCCCCUGCUCCCCUCAUCAGGACCAACCCGGGGACUGGUGCCUCUGCCUGAUCAGCCAGCAUUGCCCCCAGCUCUGGUUUGGGCUUGGGGCCAAGUCUCAGGGGGCUUCUAGGAGUUGGGGUUUUCUAAACAUCCCCUCCUCUCCUACAUAGUUGAGGAGGGGGCUGGGGAUAUGCUCUGGGGCUUUCAUGGGAAUGAUGAAGAUGAUAAUGAUAAAAAUGUUAUCAUUAUUAUCAUGAAGUAUCAUUAUCAUAAUACAAUGAACCUUUAUUUAUUGCCUA